AAGAGACAGAAUUUCAUCAAGAUCCAGGUCCCACUGCUUUAGUUCACACAAACAGGAGGAGAUUUGCUUGAAGAUACACGGAAACCUGAACCCAGGCUGGUUUGUUUGCUAGCCAGUACUUUACAGCUGUCAACCUGAGUUGCAAGUAGCAGCUACUGCAAGUAGCUUCUGUGCACUAUGGAGAAUUUUUCAUUUCCUAUGCAGGAUAACACACAUGAGACCGAGAGUUCUUCUCCUCACAGAUUCCUGAGUUUGACAAAUCAGUCAGAUCCUGUUGGAAGACCAGAAAGAGAUGAGCAAUUAGCUCAAGUAGAGAUUGCUGUACUGGGGGUCAUAUUUCUGACAGCGUCUGUGGGCAAUUUUAUUCUCAUACUGGUGCUGUGGCGAAGAAGAAAGAAGCUCUCUAGGAUGUAUGUGUUCAUGCUUCACCUCAGCAUCGCUGAUUUAGUGGUAGCCUUUUUCCAAGUGCUGCCUCAGCUCGUGUGGGAUAUUACAGAUGUUUUCAUAGGGCCAGAUUUCCUGUGCAGAAUUAUCAAGUAUCUACAAUUGCUGGGCAUGUUUGCCUCUACUUAUAUGAUAGUGGUCAUGACAGUGGACAGAUAUCAAGCAGUUUGCUACCCUAUGGUCACUUUCCAAAAGAAGAGAGCUCUCUGGAACAUCCCUAUUUGUACCAGCUGGUCUAUAUCACUGAUUCUUAGCCUACCGCAGGUAUUUAUCUUUUCUAAGACUGAAAUAUCUCCAGGUAUCUUUGAAUGUUGGGGCGAAUUUAUUCAGCCAUGGGGCCCAAGGGCAUAUGUGACUUGGAUUUUUGUAGUUAUAUUCUUCAUUCCCUCAGCCAUCCUUAUCAUGUGCCAGGUUAAGAUUUGCAAAAUAAUCAAAAGAAAUAUAUACGUGAAAAACCACGAAUAUGAAGUAACAAAUCAGAAGCAAGUCCUGCCAUCCCGAGCAAGCAGUGUGAACUGUAUUUCAAAGGCUAUGAUCAAGACUGUAAAAAUGACGGUGGUGACAGUUGUUGCAUAUGUCCUCUGUUGGUCACCUUUCUUCAUUGCACAGCUGUGGUCUGUGUGGUUCCCCAGUGUCAUGACCGAAGGUUCAGCAUUCACCAUUAUCAUGCUCCUUGGCAAUUUAAAUAGUUGCACCAACCCAUGGAUUUACAUGUAUUUUUGUGGCCACAUUCCAUAUUGCACAAAGAAGCAGCUGGAGAACACUUUGGCUCAAGAGGAAUCGGUGAUCACAGGGAGCAUUCAUCUCGUAGACAGAGACCCUGAGGAAAACAGCACUUCUGCAUAAAUGUUGAAUGCUUUUUGUUGUUUUGUUAAAUUUGCUAUGUUCAGAAAACAUACUGAUAUUUUACCACUGUUUGUUGUUUUGUGAUAAGGAAGCUUUAAAAGUGUCUUUUAUUGUAUAAAUAUAUUUCCCUGCAGUUCUGUAGCAUGUAUAUGAACUUUCUGUGUUGUACAAGCCUGACUUAAUACUUCCACCAUCAUUAUGUUAUCAGAAUGAAUUCUCAUAAAGACCAGCAAAGAUCCAUAAAAGCAUCUUAGAUGUUUUGUGCCCUAACA